GAUCCAAAUCUAUUUAACAAGUUGUCAAAGAGAACACAAAGUUACACUAUAAAUAAAGAUCCAUCGUCGAAUCUCCGAAUUUUUUUUUGUAAGAAAGCUAAAAACAAACGAAUCUCCGAAUUUAAUUCACCUAAACUUUAAUUAUUAUUAACUAUAAAAAAUUAAUUUAAUUACAGUAGUUACUAUUAGUUCUUUUAAAAUCUUUGUAUGAAUAUCCAAUUUGACAAGUUGCAAAAUUAGUGAACUGGAGAAGAAAAACGCACCGUAUAGCAUUGGCGCGAGUUGCUCGUAACUAGAAGAAAUCCCUAACCCUAACGGCUAGAUCAAUCCCAAUUCUUUCCUUCGAUUCACCUCAAAUAUGGCCAAUGAAUCUGAAUCCGAAGUCUGUGAUAAUGCAAUUCCACCACCAAAAAUUUGCAAAAGGGAGUGUGAGGAUGAAGAUCAAGAGGAUGUGAUUACUAAGAAGCAGAAGAGAGACGAGGUUGUCGAGGUUGUUGUAAAGCAAGAGAAUGAGGAAGAAAUUAAUCCAGAUCAAGAGGAUGUGAUUACAAAGAAGCAGAAGAGAGACGAGGUUGUCGAGGUUGUUGUAAAGCAAGAGAAUGAGGAAGAAAUUAAUCCAGAUCAAGAGGAUGUGAUUACUAAGAAGCAGAAGAGAGACGAGGUUGUCGAGGUUGUUGUAAAGCAAGAGAAUGAGGAAGAAAUCAAUCCAGAUCAAGAGGAUGUGAUUACUAAGAAGCAGAAGAGAGACGAGGUUGUCGAGGUUGUUGUAAACCAAGAGAAUGAGGAAGAAAUUAAUCCAGAUCAAGAGGAUGUGAUUACUAAGAAGCAGAAGAGAGAUGAGGUUGUCGAGGUUGUUGCAAAGCAAGAGAAUGAGGAAGAAAUUAAUCCAGAUCAAGAGGAUGUGAUUACUAAGAAGCAGAAGAGAGACGAGGUUGUUACAAAGCAAGAGAAUGAGGAAGAAAUUAAUCCAGAUCAAGAGGACGUGAUUACUAAGAAGCAGAAGAGAGACGAGGUUGUCGAGGUUGUUGUAAAGCAAGAUAAUGAGGAAGAAAUUAAUCCAGAUCAAGAGGAUGUGAUUACAAAGAAGCAGAAGAAAAACGAGGUUGUCGAGGUUGUUGUAAACCAAGAGAAUGAGGAAGAAAUUAAUCCAGAUUAUUCUGAACAUGAUAAUAAACUUGAAGCUGAAAAUGAAUCUGGUACUGGUUUCAUUGCUUUGGAACCGGUGGAUGAUGGUAGCACAGAUGCUGACUCUCCCAGAAGCUUUGGUGAGGAUAAUCCUGAAGAUUUAGAGAGUCCAGAGUACACCGAGGAAGAAAUAGAGGAAAAAGUUUCCAAAACACCUCAGGAAAGGCAUGAAACCCCAGUCACGCUAAACGGAAAAUAUGCUGAAUCGAAGACAAUAUUUGUUAGAAACCUGUCAUAUAGUGUGGAACGGACUGAUAUGGAAGAUAUUUUCAAAGAUUGUGGUGAAGUUGUUGAUGUUCGAUUCAGCCUAGAUCCCGAAGGGAGGUUUAGAGGCUUUGGACAUGUUGAGUUUGGAACAGCAGAAGCAGCACGAAAAGCCCUUAAAUUGGAUAAUACAGAAUUGUUGAAUCGCCACAUCAAAGUUGGUAUAGCUGUAGAAAAGAGUGAUUAUCCCCCCUAUAAAAGCAACUCGAGCAGCUCAUUCCAUAAGGGUGGAAAUCUUCAAUCUCACACUGUAAAGGGUUUUGACGCAUCCCUUGUAGAAAACAAGCCUAAAAGCCCAGCUACACCAAAUGAAACAAACAGUGCAUCAAAGACCAUAUAUGUCAGAAACUUGUCAUACUCCGUGGAACGAGCUGAUAUGGAAAAUCUUUUCAAAGAUUGUGGAGAAAUUGUUGAUGUUCGUCUCCAUACAGAUCGUGAAGGGAAUUUUAAAGGCUAUGGACAUGUUCAGUUUGCCACAGCAGAAGCAGCACAAAAGGCUGUUGCGUUGAAUAAGAAAGUAUUUUUUAAUCGUCUUAUGUUUGUUGGUUUAGCUCUGGAAAGGGGUAAAUAUUCCCCUAAUAGAAGCUGGUCGUGGAGCAGCUCAUUCCUUAAGGAUGAAAAAAUUCAGUCUCAAACUGUACCUGUGAAGUGUUUUGAUACAUCCCUUGCGGAAGACAAAUUGACUUGUGCAAAGGAGGAGGUUAAAGAUAUAGAGAUGUUUGAUGCUGCCUCUGCUGAGAGUAAAGUUCCUGAAACCCCAUCUACCGGAAAAGAGAAAAAUGAUGGAUCAAAAACAAUAUGUGUUAGAAAUUUGUCAUUCGAUGUGGAACGGGCUGAAAUUGAAAAUAUUUUCAAAGAUUGCGGAGAAGUUGUUGAUGUCCGACUCCAUGUGGAUGUUGAGUUUGCAACCGCAGAAGCUGCAGAAAAGGCUCUUGAGUUGGAUAACACAAGAUUAAUGAACCGUCCCAUCAAAGUUGGUAAAGCUUCAGAAGAGGGUGAAUGUUUCCCAAAUAGAGGCUCGAGCAUCUCAUUCCAGAAGGCCGAAAGUUUUCAGUCUCUAACUGUAUUUGUGAUUGGAUUUGAUACAUCCGUUGCAGAAGAGAAGAUAAAAGCUAGCCUGUAUAAGCAUUUCUGUUCUUGCGGAGAGAUUACAAGGAUCUCAUUACCAAAAUUUCCUGAUUCUGGUACUGUUAAGGGGUUUGCUCAUUUGGACUUCAAGGAUACUGAUGGCUAUAAUAAAGCACUAAAACUUGAUCAAACUGCGAUUGGAAAUUAUUGGUUGUCAGUUGAAAAAGCAAAGCCAAGGAUAAGACGUGAUAAUUAUGGUAUAGGUGGUGGCAGAGGUGGCUAUCACGUUGGCGGUAGGGAUGGAGGAGACCAUGGCGAGAGAGCAGGUUGGGGCAGAAGUCAUGGCGCUGGGAGGCACUGGACAGCCAAUACCGAGCACUGGUGACGACGCAGGAAGACGACUUUCGCUGAAGACGAGUGUUGCAGAAGAUACCAAAGUAUUUAGGUUUAUACUAUCUUGCAAGUACUUUGUUGGUACUUGAUAGUAUAAAAUAGUAAAAUAUAUUGUUUGUACAAUAGUGUAAUUUAGUUUACUUUUAUGGCUGAUGGAGCCAUCGGCAAUUUUGUGUUAGAGAGAGGAGUGCAUACAUUGGUUUAUUUUUGGCUUAUCAACAAUAAGAUAACUUUAUAUUGAAUGUGAGUGUGAAUUUUAUUGUUGAAUAA